AUGAGGUCCCCUCGACUGUUUGCUGCAGCUGUUUGUGCUGCUGCAGCAGCAGCAGUAGCAGCAGCUUGGAGACCCCCUGAGCUUCUAGGAUGGUACUCGCCAGCGAAAGACAGGCGGCUGCAGAUGGGGCCUGCUGAGGGCCCCGAUGAGGGCGAUCGGGCAUCGCCAGAAGCAGCAGCAGCAGCAGCAGCAGCAGCACCUGAAGCAGCAGAGAGGCACCAAAGCACCAAAGGGUCUACAGCAGCAGCAGCAGCGCCUGAUGCCUCAACUGAAGACAAAGUGCUGCAGAGUGUUUUGGUAGAAAGGAGACACCAAAGAGAACUCGAAAGAACCGUGGCUUCACCUCUGCAGCAGCAACAGCAGCAGCAGCAGCAAAAGAAGCAGCAUAAUAAGCAAGAGAAGAUGGGCAGAGAUGCAAAUAAUAUGAUUCGCCAGACUCAGGCAGAGAUCUUAGCUGCUAUUCAGGAGUGGCAAAUAGCUGUAGACGGAGCAGCUGAGACAAGGAAGGAGAAGCAACAGCAGCAGCAGCAGCUGCAACAGCAGCAGCAGCAGCAACAGCAGCAGCAACAGCAGCAGCUGGAACCUUUGCUGCUCGUGGGCGCACUCGACUCAGGAAUCGAAGGCCUCUCCAAAGCCUUCCUGCCUCUCGUUCCUGCAAGCCCAACCACCAGCAGCAGCAGCAGCAGCAGCAGCAGCAGCAGCACGACGAGCACGACUACCACGCCUUCUCCAGCAGCAGCACGAAAGAGCGAAGCAGCAGCAGCUGAAGAAGACCCGUGCAGAAGAGCGAAGCAGCAGCAGCUGAAGAAGACCCGGGAGCUCUUCAGCAAGCUGGGUCCCCCUGCAGUGUUGCAGUUCGAAGCAGUAAGCGCAGCAGCAGCAGCAGGCGCAGCAGCAGCAGAAGGAGCAGCAGAAGCAGCAGAAGCAGCAGGAGCAGCAGCAGCAGCAAGCGAGUCACCCCCGCGUUUGCUGCUGGAAAGCCUUAGAGACAUCACUAACAGCAGCAUGUACUUCAGGGUGCAGGCUGUGCAGCCUCCAACAGCAGCAGCAGCAGCAACAGAAACAGCAGCAACAGCAGCAGCGCCAGGGACUCACUUGCUUUUGAGGCUGGAGCGAAGCAGAUUGGCAGCAGCACAGGACGAGGCAUUUGCUGCAGCAGAAGAGAGACAGAAGCGCAUGCAAGCGGGGCUGCGGUUGCUGCAGCUGCAGCAGCAGAUAGAGCCGUUGCUAGACGAAGACCAGCAGCAGCAAAGCGAGACCCAGCAGCAGCAGCAGCAGCAGUCUCCGCAGCAAGAAGCCGCCCUAAAGGAGGUGCGACGCCACCUGCUGAUGCCUAUUUUCAUAGGCCAGCUGUCUCUUCCUUCUCCUGUAGUUGCUGCAGCAGGGCGCGAUUUGCUGCUGAAUUGGGGAGAGCUGUACCCGGACGCCUUCUUGCGGCUGCAGCAACUCCCGCUGCUGCUGCCGUCAAGCCAGUGGUUUGCUGCGCUGCAGCUGCUGAAGGCAGCAGCAGCAUUGCAGAGCGCUGGGCUGCAUAUGAAGGCCUUGGGGCCUGCAGCACCGUGGAUUAGCACUGACGGGCGUCUGCUGCUCGAAGGUGUACAUACACUUGAGCAGCAGCAGCAGCAGCAGCAGCAGCAGGUGCUGUGCGAGGAAGAAGAAGUGAUAGACCCCCCUUGGAAAGCAUAUCUACCCCCAGAGAAGGCCUUUUGCGGGGCUUCAGUGCCGGCUAAGGAGAAGCAGCUGUGGGAGCAGCAGCAGCAGUUGCUGCUGCAGCAGCACAAAAACGAUGUUCGUGCUGCUGCUGCUGCUGCUGCUGCAGCAACAACAGCAUGGGGCCUCGGGCUGCUGCUCUUUCAUAUCUUCUGCACCGCUCGCCUCCCCUACAGAAUCUCUCCAGUUGCAAGCGAAGCAGACAGGUUGCAGCAGUUGCGGCGUUUGUACAACUCAGCAGCAGCAGAAAGCAGCAGCAGCAGCACCAGCAGCAAGGGGCUGAACCUACAGACAUGUGGCUCUGAUGCUCGUGCCCACCGCUUGCUGCAUGCGCUGCUGCAGCUAAACCCCAGCCAUCGAGCUUCUCCUGCUCGUUUGCUGCAGCAGCUGCUGCGGGAGGAGGAGCUUGUAAAGGGCAAGACGUAA